AUGACGACUAAGACCAUCCAUGGGAACUCGCAAUUCCAGAAGCCCUCCUCUCUACGCUGGAGGUGGGAGUACCGUAAUGAAAUAGACCACAUCAUCGUCAAUAAAAGGUUCUGCCUGACGGACGUCGCUGUUGUACCAAAGUUCUAUACGGGAUCGGACCAUCGCCUCCUCCGAGGAAGAUUGUCUUUCACAAGGAGAGCAGAAAAAGCCGCCAAGUUCAGAGGGAGAAAUCCCAGAACUGUCAUCAACUGGGAUCUCUUCACUACGCUAGUCGGCUUUUGGGAAGAUUUCGCAAUGGACAACAUCGACGAGGAAUGUGACCGGCUCGUUGAACACCUUCACGACUGCGCGAAGAAGGCUGAGAGUUUUAAGACCACCAAGAGGCGCCUGUCUCUUGAAACUCUUGAGCUGAUACGCCAGCGUGGAGCAGCACGACCCGCAGGGAACCAAGAACUCACGUCCUUGCUCGCAAGGCUUUGCAGAGAGGCGAUAAAGGAAGACCUUAAAUAG